AUGUCCCUGCAGCUACCACCCAAUUGCAAACUCUUCACAGCUGAUGCUUCCUCGAUGUACACCAACAUUCCCACGAGGACAGCCAUCACCAAGAUCUCAAAGUGGCUCAAAGACAACCAAAGAACAGUUCCCAGACCUGCCCACCAAGGCAGUCCUCAAGGCACUGAUUCUCAUUAUGGAGUUGGAGCUUCUUCCACUUCGGUGACACCACAUGGCGGCAACUCAGGGCACUGCAAUGGGAGCCCACCAGCCCCACCCUAUGCCACCAUCUACUUUGCCAUCCUGGAGUCCAUUCUGCUUCGAUCCUUCAUGGAUAGUCUUGCAGUUUCUGCAGCUCUACAGGAGAUACAUCGAUGA